CAUGUGAGGAACCAGCACAAGUCACGUGACCUGCGACUGUCAUGUGACAUUAGCCCUCCAGCAAGCGGCUGACAGUGGAUCUCGAAGGCAGGUGAGAUGCUGUUUCUCUGGUACUUCCUGGCAUCCCUGCUUUGUGCAGGUGCUGCUCCAGCUGCAGAUGAGAUCACUUACCUGCCUGGUCUCCAGAAGCAGCCAAGCUUCAAACAGUUCUCUGGGUACCUGAGCGGAACCGAGGGGAAACACCUGCACUACUGGUUCGUGGAAUCCCAGAGUGAUCCGUCUCAAGACCCGGUGGUGUUGUGGUUGAAUGGCGGACCGGGCUGUAGCUCUUUGGACGGGUUGCUUACGGAGCAUGGACCUUUUCUGAUCAUGGAUGAUGGUUCAACGCUGCAGUACAACCCAUACUCCUGGAACAAGAUUGCCAACGUGCUGUACCUCGAGUCUCCAGUAGGAGUUGGCUUCUCGUACUCAGACGAUGAGAAAUAUACCACCAACGACACAGAGGUGUCCCUGAACAACUACCUGGCUCUGAAGGACUUCUUCCGCCUGUUCCCAGAGUUCAGCAAGAACCAACUCUUCCUGACCGGAGAGAGUUAUGGAGGAAUCUACAUCCCGACGCUCGCUGAGAGAGUGAUGGAGGACGCCGACCUCAACCUUCAGGGGGUCGCCGUGGGAAACGGGAUGUCAAGUUAUGAGCUAAACGACAACUCUCUGGUGUUCUUCGCGUACUACCACGGCCUGCUGGGAAGCCAGCUGUGGUCGGAGCUGCAGACCUACUGCUGCAAAGAUGGAAAGUGUGACUUCUACAACAACCAGAACCCGAACUGCAGCACCAGCCUUGGAGAUGUCCAGGACAUUGUCUACAGCUCAGGGCUGAAUAUGUACAACCUGUAUGCUUCCUGUCCAGGUGGAGUCCGUCACAGAGUCAGUGCGGAGCGUGGUCAGCUGGUCAUCAGGGACCUGGGAAACACCUUUAUCAACCACCAGUGGACUCACCUGUGGAACCAGAAAUUACUGUCUCUGGUCGCUCUGCACGAGUCUGUCCGUCUGGACCCACCCUGCACAAACUCCACCCCUUCAACGCUCUACCUCAACAAUCAGUAUGUGAAGAAAGCUCUGCACAUCAGCCCUAAGGCUCUGGACUGGGUCAUCUGCAGCGCUGAGGUGAAUCUGAACUAUGGCAGGCUUUACAUGGACGUCAGGAAACAGUACCUGAAGCUGCUCUCUGCUAUGAAGUACCGGGUUCUGGUCUACAACGGUGACGUGGACAUGGCCUGUAACUUCAUGGGAGACGAGUGGUUUGUGGAGUCUUUGCAACAACAGGUGCAGGUCCAGAGGCGUCCGUGGUACUAUGAGGCUGUGGACGGUCGGCAGGUUGGAGGUUUUGUCAAGGAGUUUGACAACAUUACCUUCCUCACCGUAAAGGGUUCGGGUCACAUGGUUCCUACAGAUAAGCCCGUCGCCGCCUUUGCCAUGUUCACCAGGUUCAUCAAGAAGCAGCCAUACUGACCUCUCCCUGCAAAUGUUCUUGAUUACUGCCGGCCAAUCAGCACGCAGCUUCUGUGCUGCAUCUGCAAAACCCCUUAACCAAUCAAACUGUCUGCUUCUUUUCUUGUUCCAUCAUUUCAUCAAGCACUGCCCAAUUUAUUUUCAGUUUGAAUGUGAAAUGUUUGAUUUACUGACAAAUAAACAAUUUUUUUUAAAGA